AUGUCUCUCGCAAAGAUUCCCGUCAUCCUUGCCGCAACCCCGUCGUGGUGGCAGGCCGUUUCACCGCCACCCGCCGCUCGAACAGCUGAAGCAGCCAAAGGCGAGAAAGCACAACUCUCGACCUUGGAAAAGGGCUUCGGACAGUAUGUACCAUUUCUAUCGAAGGUGUACAAGGCCGAGCACACCCUCUGUAUGAUUGCUGAGAUCGUCCUUAUCCUGGUACACAAGACACGGCGCAGAUACCUGCUCCCCUUUAUCCUUGCCUCGAAAUUGUCACCUCGCACACGCGCUGGGCUUGCUUCUGUAGGCGUCACCCGAGACCUCCUAGUUGGCGCGGCUCUCUGCGUCGCCGGGUCUCUCAUUCGCCUCGCUGCGUACAAAGAGAUGGGCAAGCUCUUCACUUUCCACCUCACGCUUCGCGAAGAGCAUAAGCUCAUCACUACUGGACCAUACGCACACGUUCGGCAUCCGUCAUACACGGGAUUCUGGAUCUUGGCCGCCGGAACGAGCCUGAUGACCUUUGGUCGCGGGUCGGUGUUCAGGGAAUGUGGGUGGUUGCAGACGACCGCCGGGCGCGCGUUUCUAGCGUGCUAUCUGUUUGAGCGCGUCAGUCAGGGUAUUCAUCUCAUACCCCGGGCUCACUACGAAGACGAGUUUUUGAAGAAGCAGUUCGGGGAAGAGUGGGAGGCGUGGGCGAAGAAGACUCCUCAACGGUUCAUACCGUACGUGUGGUAG